AACAGAGGUGAUUAGACACUCUCUUUCCCGCUCUGUUUUUUGCACUGAAUAUGAGAGCUUUAGUGCAAAAAUUUAGUUUCCUUCUAGAUGUUGUAACGUGUGGAACUCUGACAUUUUGCGGUUGGAUUUUUUUAAGAGAAAAUAUGAAUAAAUUAAUUGAGAUACCAACAGAGAAUUGGCCUCAGCUACGUGAUUUAUAUGCUGGACAUAAAGAUAAAGCUUCAUGCUAUAACACCAUACAGACAUUCAUUGAUUGGAUCAGACAGGAACCUUCCUUACCCCUCAAGAUUUAUUCUCUAAACAGUGAAUGGCAGAUGACUGGAACAUAUGUGGCCCACUUAAUGGCUUUUAAUCAAGUGUUCUGCAAUACGCUGAAAGAUGAUUUAUAUGAGUUGACUGAAAUUUUAAACUGUUUUGAUAACGGUCAUUUGAUAGCUGGCUUUCAAGAGCGGGUCUUGCCGGCUGUUGAUAAAUAUUUUCUUGAUUCGGGGCUGAGCAAGGAUCAGUUUGGAAAUACUUGCACCAUUUGGUACCACAUUUCUAGAGAUGAAGCUCUAAAUUUUGACACCAAGUUACCUGAGAAUAUAACAGCUAAAGAUUUGAACGAGAGUUACGCCGAACAAAUAAACAAUGUGUGGCCUCAUCGCAGCGAGGGUUCGGUGAACUUUGUCAAAAUGCUCAUACGACUGAACAAAAGCGUGGGCCUUUUCGAAGAUGGCAAAUUGGUGGCAUGGUGUUUGUUACUGCCCCUUGGAGCCCUUGGUCUAUUGCAAGUUGAAAAUACUCAUAAACGUAAAGGGUUUGGAUCACUUGUUGUAAAACUGUUGUCAAAAUUCCUAGCAGAGAAUAAUAUCGAAGUGACAGCUCCAGUUGUCGUUAAAAAUGUUGCUUCACGUUCUAUGUUUGAAAAAUUAGGCUUCAAAGAAGUCGACAAAGUUUAUUGGCAAUUUAAAUUAUGAAAAAAAAAAUCCAGAAGCGGAAAAUAAUAAUUUUCAGUAAAUGAUUUGAAUGUGC